AUGGAGCGCGCAGACGAAGUCAGAAAUCUCCUCAAUCCCGUGCAGGAACGGAUCCUGCAGUUUAUACAAUCCGCAGACCAAGGCUCGCAGGCACUCGUGCAGAGACAUGCGUCCAACGAGAGCGGUCCGUUCAAAUCCGGAUUGCUAGACCUGAAGAAGCCCACGGAGCUACAGGAGGAAUUGCAGGUCGAACUUCCCGCGCACGGCCAAGGAGUAGACGGACUCCUUCAGGUUUUGGACAAGCUCCUUCGAUACUCCGUGAAUACUUGGCACCAGGGAUUCCUGGACAAGCUCUAUGCGUCGACGAAUGCACCCGGGCUUGCCGCUGAGUUGAUCAUCGCUACCUUGAAUACCAAUGUCCAUAUAUACCAAGUGGCUCCAGUCUUAACAAUCAUCGAGAAAACCACGGCGGCCCGCUUGGCGUCGCUCUUCGGCUUGACGGGACAAUAUGCUGGAGGAAUAUCGGCGCAGGGGGGCACGGCGUCGAACACAACCGCGAUUGUGAUCGCCCGGAACACUUUAUUCCCAGAAACGAAAACAGAGGGCGUCAGCAACAACCAAUUCGUCUUGUUCACAAGCGCGCAUGGGCAUUAUAGCAUUGAGAAGGCCGCGCAAAUGCUUGGAUUUGGCAGCAAGGCCGUUUGGCCCGUCCCUGUGGACGAGAAGGGGCAGAUGAUACCAGAAAAGCUUGAUGAGCUCAUCACGACCGCAAAGGAGCAGGGAAAGAAGCCAUUCUUUGUCAAUGCGACCGCCGGCACUACAGUAGUUGGUAGCUUUGACCCUCUACCGGAGAUCCAUCAAAUUUGCCUAAAACAUAACCUGUGGUUCCAUGUUGAUGCCUCAUGGGGUGGCUCAUUCAUCUUUUCUAAAAAGCAAAGGAGCAAACUCAGAGGGUCUCACCUUGCUGAUAGCAUCACCUUUAAUCCGCACAAAAUGCUUGGUGUCCCGUUGACCUGUUCGUUCCUUUUGGCCGCGGACAUCCGUCAGUUCCACCGUGCCAAUACCCUUCCAGCAGGAUAUUUGUUCCAUAAUGAGGAGUAUACAAACGGAUUCUGGGACUUGGGAGAUUUGACCUUGCAAUGCGGUCGCCGUGCAGACUCCCUCAAAUUAUUCCUUAGCUGGAUGUACUAUGGGUCUGAGGGCUAUGAACAGCAGAUCGACUCUGCCUGCAGUAUUGCAGAGCAACUUUCUACUCUCGUUGGUGCCUCGCCUCAUCUCAAGCUUCUCACCGAGAAUCCUCCUCCAUGUCUCCAGGUUUGUUUCUACUACGCUCCUUUAGGCCGAAUGGCCUACCCGCCGGAGCGGGAAAUCAACGGCAAGAGGCUGAGCGAAGAAGAGCGAGCCAAACUCAACGGAAAAGUAACCGAAGAAGUUGUUCGGGAGCUUGUUGACCAAGGUUUCAUGGUGGAUUACGCGCCUCCAAGUGAAGACGAUACAUUUGCUAGAGAUGGAAAGUUUUUCCGCUGUGUUGUUAACGUCCUUACGAAAAAGGAGACCAUAGAGGCUCUUGUGGAUAUAAUCGUUAAACUCGGAUCAAAACUUGUCCAACGACAGUUGGGCUCAGAGUUGAAAGUGCCGACUGCGAGUGUCAUGUCAGGAUUUCAGCCAAAGAACCCUGCGGAAAUGGGACACGGUCCAGUUGUUCAUGGAUAA